AUGUCGAAAUCCCAGCCACUGUGUAGUGUCAUCUCCGUCGUCUUCCAUCACGGCGUAAUUGCGACUCCAAUCUCCAAGUUCAGCUUCUGCGACUUCGUCGGCCAGGACAACCUCCGAAUGUCAAAAACCAAGCUUAAUGCUUACACGAUGGUUGUUGGAAUUCUUUGUAGGUUUGACCAGUUCAUGAAUCUUGUUGUUGAGAAAGCAGACAAUGAAAUGGUGCUUAACUAA